GUGCGCCUUUCACAUCAAACCAUCUCUUUCCACGCCAUCAAUCGCGCAUCAAAAAAAGCGAGCCGCAUCACCCAUCCCCGUCUAAAUUCAUCGACUUCUAUCCGGAGUCACCUCCAACUUUUAUUUUACGCGAUUUUCUAGCGGAAACCGCCCCUCCCUGCCGACUUUUUACGCGCUCUCGACCAACCAUUCUGUCUUUUUUUCCCACCCUGUUGGCCUUUUGACGACUCACGUUCCCCCGCGACCGCGAAGGCCAAGUCGAAAAAAAAGGGCAGAAUAUUCCUCCCCCCUACUUUAUACUGCUGAUCCCCACCGCGAUUACUUUUUGAUAAUCCGGUCCUCGAUACCGCGCACCGCGCCCGGUAACCUUCGCGAAUUCCAACGACACCCGUUCUUUUUUUCCCAACCCAUUUUCCCCUUUCCGCCUCCGGGCAAUUCUGCUCGGCGCAAUACUACCGCAUUUUUAUCUCCAGCAUUGCGGUUCGCGACACAUCCAUCCAUCCAACACGUCCUUCCGCUUUGCACCACGACGAAUUAAUCCCGAACCGGGCCAUUCUCACCUAGUCGCUCUUUCGCCACGGUUUAUUUCAAUUAUUAGUUGAGGCUCUACGUACUACCUCACCGUCGUUAAUACCGUGCUUCAGAUAUGAACAUCUCGUAACGUGGCUCGGAGAUCAUAACAAAGCUUGUACGGACUUGCAUAGAGUUAUUCUAGACUUCGUCAGGAUGACUUCUGUUCAAGCCCCCCCAGCCGUUCACCAUCCCGGCUCGUCGGGUAUGUCGGCGCAGGUGAACCAUGCGCAAGUGCAAGAAAUGUAUAAGAAAUACCAGCAAUUGAAAGAUCAAGGCGUCCCAGCAAACGACCCCGAAUUCCUUAAAACCAGCCAGUUCUUGAUGAAGUUUCAACAAAUGCGCAAGCAGCAGCAGAAUUUUAUGCAAAUGCAAGCUCCUCAGAUGUUGCACAAUGCUCCUAAUGGCAAUGUCAACGGAAAUCAGCCAGGCCCACGGCCUCAGCAGCCCACACCACACACCACGCAGCCACCCUCCUCGACACCUUUGAGCGCCUCUGCGCUACCUUCUAGUUCUGGUCCAGCUGCUCAGCCCACUACAUCUUCACCCUCAACUGCCUCUCCAAUGGCACAUUUCUCUCAACAACAACUAGGUCUUCUUAGGCAGCAGAUUCAAGCCUUCAAGCUACUUAGUAAGAAUGCUGGGGUGCCGUAUCAAAUGCAGCAAGCGCUGAAUGCGCAGCGUCAACGAAGACAAGCUAUUGUUGAGCAAUCAACACAACCACCUACUUCUACUAUAACUGCCGGAACACCAGCAUCAGAGACAGCGAAAGCCGACUCUGUUGCACCUGAAGGAGAUGCCGAGCCUGAAGCUUCGGCGCCAAAAGGGCGAACCUUCAAGACAAUUAAGUCUCCGUACGAGGGUGAACUCGUCCGCAAAGGCAUCAGCUAUCGCGACCAUACGUUACGAAAACAACGGCUCAUCAUUCCCAGCAUCUUUCCCACUGGUGUCGAUUUCGAACAAUUGAGACACGAGCGGGAAAUUAUCAUUUUCAACCGUAUGAAGGCCAGAUACGCUGAACUAAAGUCUCUUCCCGGCAACGUAGCACACUGGGAUACCACUAAGGAUACCCUCGAUGCUGACGAUGCGUUGAAGAGGAAAGCCAUAAUAGAGCUUAAGUCACUCGGGCUAUACGCCAAACAGCGUGCCCUACGUGAGAAAAUUGGCCGACAAAUGAUGCAUUAUGACAAUCUCGCAAUGACCACAAACCGUAGCCAGUACCGACGAACGAAGAAACAGAGCGUGCGUGAGGCUCGUAUCACAGAGAAGCUCGAGAAGCAGCAGCGUGACGCCCGCGAAAGCCGCGAGAAGAAGAAGCAUCUUGACUUCCUUCAAUCCGUUCAACAUCACAAGUCUGAGAUUAGUGGUUCAGCACAGUCCGCAAAGACCAAAUUCUCGAGAAUUGGACGUGCAAUGCAUAUGCACCAUUUCAACAUCGAGAAGGAAGAGCAGAAGCGCAUCGAGCGUACUGCCAAGCAGCGUCUUCAGGCCCUUAAAGCCGACGAUGAAGAGGCCUACCUUAAGUUGCUUGAUCAAGCUAAGGAUACCCGUAUUACACAUCUACUUAAGCAAACUGAUGGCUUUUUGCACCAGCUCGCGUCUUCAGUCAAACGGCAACAGCGUCAAGCUGCGGAACGUUACGGCGAUGAGGGUGUAGAUCUUCCACAGGAGGAAGAAAGCGAGAUUGAAGAGGAAGACGAGGAGGCGAACCGCAAGAUCGAUUACUAUGCCGUAGCCCACCGAAUCAAGGAGGACGUCACAGAGCAAGCCAACAUUCUUGUUGGUGGUACAUUAAAAGAGUACCAACUUAGGGGUCUGCAAUGGAUGUUGUCUCUUUACAACAACAAUCUCAACGGUAUCCUCGCCGACGAAAUGGGUCUCGGUAAGACGAUUCAGACCAUCAGUCUGAUCACCUACCUCAUUGAGCGCAAACUCCAACAAGGCCCAUACCUUGUAAUUGUGCCUUUGAGUACUUUAACCAACUGGAAUCUGGAGUUUGAGAAAUGGGCUCCGUCCGUCAGCCGUAUCGUGUAUAAGGGUCCUCCGAAUGCGCGAAAGCAACAACAGGAGAAAAUCCGCCAAGGAAAGUUCCAGGUCCUCCUAACCACCUACGAAUAUAUCAUUAAGGACCGUCCCAUCCUAAGCAAAAUCAAGUGGUUUCACAUGAUUAUCGACGAAGGACACCGCAUGAAGAAUACCCAAUCAAAGCUUAGCGCUACUAUCUCUACCUACUACAGCACUAGAUUCCGUCUCAUUCUUACCGGUACUCCCCUCCAAAACAACCUAGGUGAACUGUGGGCAAUGCUCAACUUCGUUCUUCCGAACAUUUUCAAGUCAGUUAAGACUUUUGACGAAUGGUUCAACACUCCCUUCGCAAAUACAGGUGGACAAGACAAGAUGGAGUUGAACGAAGAAGAGCAAAUUCUUGUCAUUCGCCGUCUCCACAAGGUGCUGCGACCAUUCCUACUCCGCCGUCUGAAGAAGGAUGUCGAGAAAGACUUGCCAGACAAGACUGAGAAAGUUAUCAAGUGCAAGUUCUCUGCUCUCCAACACCGUCUGUACAAACAGAUGGUAUCCUACCAAAAGAUCACUGUUAGUGAUGGCAAGGGUGGUAAGACAGGAGCUCGUGGUCUCAGCAAUAUGAUUAUGCAACUCCGAAAGCUCUGUAACCAUCCCUUCGUGUUUGACGAGGUGGAAAACCAGAUGAACCCAACAAACACUAGCAAUGAUCUCUUAUGGCGAACAGCGGGAAAGUUCGAGCUACUAGAUCGAAUUUUACCAAAAUACAAGGCAACCGGACAUCGAGUUCUGAUGUUUUUCCAGAUGACUGCUAUUAUGGAUAUCAUGGAGGAUUUCCUUCGGUUCCGUGGACUUCAGUAUCUUCGAUUGGAUGGUACUACGAAGUCCGAAGACCGGUCUGACCUUUUGAAAACAUUCAAUGCUCCAGAUUCGCCGUACUUCAUGUUUUUGCUCUCCACUCGUGCUGGUGGUUUAGGUCUAAACUUGCAGACCGCUGACACUGUCAUCAUUUACGAUUCAGACUGGAAUCCUCACCAGGAUCUUCAAGCCCAGGAUCGUGCCCAUCGUAUCGGUCAAAAGAACGAAGUGCGAAUUUUGCGACUCAUCAGUUCUAACUCCGUCGAAGAGAAGAUUUUAGAACGAGCCAGGUACAAGCUUGAUAUGGACGGGAAAGUUAUCCAAGCCGGUCGAUUCGACAACAAAUCCUCGGAGACGGAUCGUGAUGCAAUGCUUCGGACGCUGCUAGAGACGGCGGACAUGGCUGAAUCCGGUGAACAGGAUGAGAUGGAUGACGAGGAAUUGAACAUGAUCCUUGCACGAAGUGAAGACGAAAUCGGUGUCUUCCAAAAAAUUGACGAAGAGCGUGCAAGAGACCCAUUAUAUGGCACCGGCCCGGGCUCUAAACGCAUUCCACGACUCAUGGCCGAAAACGAACUUCCAGAUAUCUAUAUGACUGAGGGCAAUCCCGUUGGCGAAGAGCAAGAAGAGGUCUUGGGCCGUGGUGCUCGUGAGCGGACUCGAGUUAAAUACGACGAUGGCCUUACAGAAGAGCAAUGGCUCAUGGCCGUGGAUAAUGACGAGGAUUCGCCUGAGGCUGCAGCGGCGCGCAAACAGGCUCGCAAGGACAAGCGAGAGACGAAUAAACUGAAGAGAAUAGCGGUACUCAAUGCGUCAAGCGCAAACUCACCGAGCGCAAGCCGUGCAAGCACCGAAGAGAUUGAGACGCCACCUAAGAAGCGUGGUCGCAAACCUGGAAGCAAGAAUGAGAAGCGCAAAGCUGAGGAUGAUGACGGCGAGCCGCCUGCUAAAAAGCGACGUGGGCCUCAAGGGCGCCCUCGCGCGGCAAUCGGUAACGGAAACGAUUCACGCCUUAGCCCAGAACUUCGACAAGUUCUCCAGAGGAGUCUACGUAACCUGUAUGACGGACUAAUGAGUCUUGAAGCCGAUAUUGCACCCGAAGAUCAAGUUGACGAUGACGAAGAUGAUGAGCCUACCAAGCGAUUAAUUAUCGGGCCCUUCAUCAAGUUGCCGUCUAAACGAGAUUACGGCGAUUACUACGUUCUCAUCCACAAUCCGAUCUGUAUGAACCAAAUACAGGCCAAGAUCAAGAAAGAGGAGUAUAAUAGCAUCAACGACAUGAGAAGUGACAUUGUCUUGAUGUGCAACAAUUGCAGAACCUACAAUGAAGAUGGGAGUCUUCUUUACUCAGAUGCAAUUGUAAUGGAGAAAUUCUUUAACGACCGAGCCCAAGAAGAGAUCAACGGGCAUCCAGAGCUUGCCGAGCUCGAGGACCCGUCAACGAAGGAUAGCUCGGCUGCGCCUACUACCAGCGCUGGUACACCACAGUCCUCGGCGAAUACGACGAGGAUAAAGAUAGUAACUAAUGGUGUCGGCCAAGGAAGUGUGGCCCCAGGUAGCCUGAGUGACGGCGAGUAAUAAGUGCGUCUGUAUAAAGCUAUUCAGCUUCACGGAGGAUGCUUGCUUUAAAAUUUGGUCGAUCCGACGAUCCAUAGUCGAGCUUUUUUACGGCCAUCGUUUUCUUUCAUUUCUAAUUCUCUCCCGAUGAGCCUCGUCGACAUCCCAACGUUUCGCACGCUUUUUAUUUUUUGCUGUUUGGCUGAGGCUUCUUUUUUUUUUCGAGGCGUACAGGCGGUAACUUACUAAAGGAGACGGGCAAAGAGGAAACGAAUGGCACGUGUACCACCAAAGCAAUACCCUGGGGCUAUCUCUCUUCUUUGCCUUUCUUUACUUUUCCCCAAAUCAUCAGUCAAACCACACACAUAUUGUUUAAGUAACUUUAUUUGUACGCCCCCACACGAGCCACCGCUGCUAAUGGGCAUCUGCUGUCACUGGUUUCUGAUACAUAGGCAAGAAUAAAUUCGUUAAUACAUAUUCGGGAUUGCUGCCGUGAAUGUUGAUUGUAUGUGAUUUGAUUUUUCGGUAUCAUAAUAAUGCCACAAGUAGAUCGAUACAUAGUGAUAAUAUUAGGCAACGCGUGUUUAUUUGUGUGUAAAUCCAUA